AUGGUAUUGAGGAGCAGUGGGAGAGCAGGGCAGAGGCUGGUUACUGGGGUGUGUUUGCCUAAAGCAGCAAAAGGCCAGGCUGCUUUUAGGACAUGCCUGUGUUUAUUUCAUCGGAUAAUAAUCUCUCUGCUUUUGCUCUGUUUCUUUUCCCAGGCUUUCCUGGGAUCCCAGCCCAAACAAAACCAUUUGCAGAGUGCAGCCUCCAGCCCGUGUGGUGUUGGACCCCUGGGCUAUUACAACGGCUCCCUGGCUGUCACAGAGGCCGGGGCAGAGUGCCUCAGCUGGGCAGAGUUCCCUGAUUAUGUCCAGCAGUACCCGGAGCGUGGCCUGGGGGACCACAACCACUGCAGGAACCCGGACGGGGGCUCCACUCCCUGGUGCUUCUACCGGCUGGCCUCAGGAGGCAUCGGCUGGGCCAACUGCGACUGUAACCAAGGUGCUGUGCGGUUGGCUGAAGAUAAUAGUGUGGAGCUGUACUUCAGUGGGCUCUGGGGCACCAUCUGUGCUGACCACUGGACUGACUGGGAUGCCAGUGUUGUCUGCAGGCAGCUGGGUCUCAGUGAGAUUGGCACAGCUGGGAAGAAGAGCCACCCAGGGCUGUGGCCUGUCCCCCUGCACCUGCAGUCAGCAAACUGCCAUGGGGAUGAGCCAGCCCUGCUGCAGUGUGGCUACCAGGAGGCUGUGGCAGGAGCCUGUAACCAGGGCAGUGCUGUGGUAACCUGUGUCCCUCCAGAAGGUGUGGGUGCCCCACUGCGUUUGGUUGGGGGAAAGGAGAGCUUUGAAGGACGAGUGGAGGUUUACCACGAUGGCAAGUGGGGUACCAUCUGUGAUGACCAGUGGGAUGACCUGGAUGCUGAGGUUGUUUGUAGGCAGCUGGGACUCAGUGGGAACCCAAGAGCCUUGUCAUGGGCUCACUAUGGACAAGGAUCUGGCCCAAUCCUGCUGGAUGAAGUGGAAUGCUCAGGCAAUGAACUCUCCCUUGACCAGUGCAAGAAGAGUGACUGGGGACAGCAGAACUGUGACCACAUUGAAGAUGCUGGAGUCUCCUGUGACCCUUUCACAGAGGGCACGGUCAGGCUGGCUGGUGGGCACAGCCCCAGGGAAGGCAGGGUGGAAGUGUACUACAAUGGAGACUGGGGCACGGUGUGUGAUGAUGGCUGGACAGACCUCAGUGCCCAGGUGGUCUGCAGGCAGCUGGGCUUCAGUGGUCCUGCUACCCUGGCUUCUGAAGGGGACUAUGCUGCUGGCCAAGGCUUUAUCUUGCUGGAUGAUGUGGCUUGUGUGGGGACAGAGCUGUCCCUCCUGGACUGUCCCCACAGCAACUGGGGGCAGCAUGACUGCUCCCACCUGGAGGACGUGGGAGUCCGCUGCUCCCCCGAGAGCAACACAGCCAUGGGUGGCAGCCUGGGACCUCCUGUGAGGUUGGUGGAUGGAGAAAGCACCAAGGAGGGACGGGUCGAGGUCUUCCUGAACGGGCAGUGGGGCAGCAUCUGUGAUGAGGGCUGGACAGACAGAGAUGCUGCAGUAGUUUGCAGGCAGCUGGGAUUCAGUGGUACAGCAAAAGCCAGGGCAAUGGCUUAUUUUGGUGAAGGCCACGGGCCCAUCCAUCUGGACAACAUAGAAUGCAGUGGCACAGAGUCCACCCUGGGACAGUGUGUCAGGCCUGACACCAGGAUUCACAGCUGCUGGCACAGUGAGGAUGCUGGUGUGAUCUGUGACUAUGUGGAAGAGAAGGUCCAAGACAUCAGAAAAACAGCUUCAGAGUCCGGGGUCUGUGGGCUGCGCCUGCUUCACCGUCGCAAGAAGAGGAUCAUAGGUGGAAAUAAGUCCCUCAGAGGGGGGUGGCCAUGGCAGGCCUCGCUGCGGCUGAAGGGUUUUCACCAAGACACUCGUCUGCUGUGUGGGGCAACACUCAUCAACAGCUGCUGGGUGGUGACUGCAGCCCACUGCUUCAAAAGGUUUGGUGUGGACGUGCGGCACUACGUGCUGCGGGUGGGCGAUUACCACACGGGAGUGAAGGAUGAGUUUGAGAGGGAGCUGCCCGUAGAGAGGAUCAUCCUCCACAGGAACUACUGGGCUGGCAGCAAUGACAAUGACAUCGCCCUGGUCCGGAUGAGGGGCAGAGAGGGGCACUGCCUCUCCUUCAAUCCUCACGUUCUCCCUGUCUGCCUGCCUGACAGGAGAGAGAAGUCUGACAUCAACAGGCAAGCCUGCAUCAUCUCUGGCUGGGGUGACACAGGGAAGUCCUACUCCAGAACCCUGCUGCAGGGGGUGGUGCCUCUUCUCCCACGGGAAGACUGCGAGGUGCGGUACGGGCAGAAGUUCACCAGCCGCAUGAUCUGUGCUGGGAACCUCUCUGAAGACAAACGUGUGGACAGCUGCCAGGGGGACAGUGGAGGGCCACUCAUGUGCCAGAGGUCAGAAGGACGUUGGAUCAUUCUGGGGAUCACUUCCUGGGGUUAUGGCUGUGGGAGGAAGGAUUCCCCUGGUGUCUACACAAAGGUCAGCAAGUACGUUCCCUGGAUCAAGAAAGUGACCAAGAUAAAAUGAAAGCACCUCAGCUCCAGAAACUCCAACGUGGGGUCCUUCUGUGCUGCAGCAGUUCCUGGCCUGAUGGAGAUGUAUUUUGUCCUUGGACACUGGCAAAAGACUUUAAUGUAGAAAUGGGAGAAAAACUGAUUCUUUUUAAGUCUUUGGUUUCACUUUAGUCCAUAAUCUCUGAGCAGGGAAAGCAGCUGCAGGCUGAUACCAAUGAUCAGUCUACAUUGCUCUGACUCUGAGUCUUGUAAUGCAAUCACACCUGGUCUGGCACACAGAAAUAGUAGAAGUGGAGAGAAAUGGAGA